CUAUGGGGGGGAUGCUAGGGCUGCCAUGAGGCUGGGGAUCCCGGGUGCCAUGGUGCCGGCUGCAGAGGGGCUUUAGGCUGUUGGCGCGGGCACCUUUACGCGGUGAGGCUGGGUGCUGUGGAGCCCGGUGCCACUGGAGGGUGCCACAGGGCUGAGGCUGGGAGGCUGGACCCGGCAGGAGCAGGGCCCUGGCUGUGCCUGGCGGGUGCUGGAUAUGCUGUCUCUAUCCCCGUGGGCUCAGUGCCCGCUGGGACAUGGGGAGGGCAGUGGGCAAGGCGAGGGCCUGUGGCUGUGCAGUUUUCUGCAGGCGGGUGCCUGGGGACAGAGUGGGGUCCUGUCCUGGGGCUGGCUGUCUGCCUUCUCUGUGGGCUCCCUGCUUAGCAGCUCCAGACUGCUGUAGAUGAGGAAACGUCCCUGGGGGGCCAGGAGACCCUGUGUGCAUGGAGGGGAGGGCUGACCCCAGGACUUGCAGCUGGCUGCAGCGUUUUGUCUCAGCUCACUGACAGCAUGGGGACGGGUGCUCCCCGAAGGCUGCACAACAGAAAAUUGCCACUUCACUUCAUACCUGAUGUGUUGCAGAGGAAAACUCUUGGCAGAGUCAAGGAAAAAUGAGGGGAAGGGGUGGCACUGGGGUUUGCAUAUUCCAUCUCUCCAUUACCACAGUGCAGGAAACCUGGGCAGGAGCCACACCUGUGACUUGGGGUGGGCUGGUGUGUCUGGCGUUCUCCUGUGCAGUUGUUCCCAGCCUUGGGGUCAGCCCCAGGGCAGAGGGAAGCCCUUGGCUCCUUUGGACAGUUCAUCUGAUUGCUGCAGCCCCUGCCCUUCCCCUCUGUGCUGCUGCCCAGGGGCUGUGCGGUGGGUACAGUGGCACAGGGAGCCGGUCCCUGCUGGAAGCACUCUGUGGUGUGGCAACACCGCUUGGCACUGUGCCGGGGCGAGCACUUGGCCCAGGCUCAGAACGUGCCUUGGCAGGACCCCGGGGCAACCUCGCUGCUUAAUAUUGAUGGGCAUUGCCAGCAUGGAGGCCUGGGGGCCCCAGCCCUGCAGAUCAUUUUCCCAGCUGCUGUCCCAGCUCAGGUUCCUCCUCGCUCCCAGCGCAGCUUUGGGGUGGGCCGGAGGCUCAGCAGCAAGGGAGCGCUGCCUUGGCCAGGGGCUGCCUCUCAGCCACUGCUCCACAGGUCUGUGCCGUCAGCCAAGUCAGAGGCAGCUGAGGGAAAGGAGGAGGUGUUGGAGCUCUCACAGUGGGGCUGUGAUGUCGGGAAAAGUACAGGUGUCCUCUACAGCUUGGUCCAGAUGUUGAGGUGAAGUAGCAUCCAGACACUGCUUUUAGGGGUGAGAAGGGCUAGGGGAGGAGGGGUGAUCCUGGCCCAGCCCUUCCAUGUACACCCUGUGCAGGUUCCACUGUCCCUGAACCUGUUGAGAAGGGCUGGGUCUGGGAUCAUCCCUGGAACUGGCCCAGCAUCCUGGAUGCCCGUGCCUUCUCUGGUUUCUUCUGAGUCAGACUCUCCGUGUCACUCCCCCCGGCCCCCUCCCCGCUGGGAAAGACGAGAUGAGACCAGAAAGGAUCUGAGCCCAGACACCAAGGGGCCUAUGCCCCAUGCUCCGUGCAGCCAGCCAUCCUGGCGACGGCGGCCCCACAGCCUCCAGGAGUUGGGGCUGAGCUCGCCCCACUCUGCUGCUGCCAGGCAGAGCGGGCGCGGGGACACCCUUUGGCACCAGGCAGCCCACCCAUGCCAAGCUGCCGUGCGUCCCGCAGGCACGGCGCGGCGGGGAUGAGGAGCCGGCAGCGGGCGUUCGCGGCCGGGAUGCGCCUGCUCCUCAAGUGCCUGCGGCUGGGCCGGCGGCGGCGGUUCAAGCUGGUGCGGCAGGCAGGGCAGCUCUGGCACUACGGGCGCCUCUGCCUACGCUCCCUGCUCUACAACUCCUUCACUGACGGCGACGUGGUGCUCGACUCCCUCUUUGAGCCCGUCUACUGGCUGGUGGACCAUGUCACGCGGUGGUUUGGCGUGGUGUUUGUGGCAUUGGUGAUCGGGCUGACGAGCUCCAUCGUGGCCAUUGUGUACAUCUGCCUGCUGCCCCUCAUCCUGCAGACAUACACGCCUGCUUGGAUCUGCUGGCACCUCGCCUACGGACACUGGAACCUCAUCAUGAUCGUCUUCCACUACUACAUGGCCAUCACCACCUCGCCUGGGCACCCACCACAGGCCAAGGACGAUCUCACUGGCGUCUCCAUCUGCAGGAAAUGCAUCGCCCCCAAGCCAGCUCGCACCCACCACUGCAGCAUCUGCAACAGGUGUGUGCUGAAGAUGGACCACCACUGCCCAGCCUGGCUAAACAACUGUGUGGGGCACUACAACCACCGCUACUUCUUCUCCUUCUGCCUCUUCAUGACCAUGGGCUGCAUCUACUGCAGCAUCAGUGGAUGGGAGAUGUUCCGGGACGCCUACGCAGCCAUCGAGAGAAUGAAACUGCUUGAGAAGGAGAGACUAAAGGUGGCUGCCAACCAGACUUACUACCAGACCCCACCACCCACCUUCUCCUUCCGCCAGCGAGCCUUCCACAAGAGCGUGGUCUACCUCUGGGUACUGUGCAGCUCGGUGGCCUUGGCCUUGGGUGCCCUCACGCUGUGGCACGCUGCCCUCAUCACCCGGGGGGAAACCAGCAUUGAGAGGCACAUCAACAAGAAGGAGAGGCAGAGGCUGCAGAAGAAAGGCAAGGUCUUCAGGAACCCCUACAGUUACGGCAGCUGGGAUAACUGGAAGGUGUUCCUGGGUGUGGACGUGCCAAGGCACUGGCUCACUCGUGUCCUGCUGCCCUCUCCUCACCUGCCCCACGGCACAGGCCUGAGCUGGGACCUGCCCCCCUGCGUCAGCAAGCACCGCACCCCACUCCUGGCCCUCUGAGGCCCAGGCACUGCAGCUGUCUGUCCCCGCAGGCAGGGGAGCGCCCGGGGCCCCGCUCCACCACCGUGGCUCUGUGGCCCAAGUGCCCAGCGGGUGCUGGCACGCGUGGCCGAGCGCAGCCAGAGCCCUGGGAAGGCUGUGGAGUGUGUGUGGGGUGUGGAGGCUGCAGGCAGCCCCGGGGCCAGGUGGCAGAGCUGCGGCCCCGGCUCUGGCCCAAGGUGCUGCCCUCACUCACUCAGAGGUAGGGCCCAGCGUGGGGCAGGGCCUGGCGCAGAGGGUGGCAGCCCUGCCCCCAGGACCCCCAGGGAGCCUUUUUAACACCACCUAAUAAAUAUCCUUUUUUGUAA